AUGGAACACUUUUAUUGGUCUAAAUAAAACAUAUAGAGAUAGGUAAGCGAGUAUAAUGUCAAAAUAGUUGAAUACUGCCUUUUCAAAUUGAAUGGGUAUUUAUAUUUCUAAUUUAGAAACAAGGAGUGCAGAUUAAGACAUCAACUUAAAUCUACUCCUCAAAAGAUCAAAGAAAAAAUAAGAUAAAGUAUAUCAUAAAAAUAAUUUGUAUCAAAUAGAUAAUUCUUAAAGUAUGUAAUUAUAAAUUUAUCAGCAAGUUGUUAUUAACUUCUAUGUUACAUACAACUCCUGAGAGAAAGUAAGAGUUUAUUGUUUUUCAAAAUAGGAAUGCCCUGUUAAAAGAAUUAGAAGGCCUGAAAUUCAAAGAAAAAUGUGACCAAGCAGGCUAAGCCACCGAAUACCUGAAACAACUAACUUGA